CGUGCGGUGGUCUAUGCGACGUGUGUCCGACAGUCUAGUGCCGCGUCCAUCCGUAGUUCGUCCGCGAAAUGGAUCCGGCCGGGAGCGGAAGCGGCGGUGGUGGUUUUUUGGCCAACCGGCGGAUCAAGUUGACAGCCGUAUUCCCCAUGAUCAUCGGUGCCCGGCACCACCGGAACAUCUCCAAGUCGGACUCGGCGUCUCUGGAGAAAACGGGCCGGCCGCUACGGACCCCUUCUUCACCCAAGACAUCGCCGCCGGUCGUGGAACGCGUGUCGCCGUCUGCCGUCGCGUCUGCCCGGAACAGGAUGCGCCGUGGGUCCAGCCUAACCGACCUGAACAGAUCCGACUCACUGGCAGGUUCAACCGGCAGUUUUGGCGAUCUGAUGAACCUGAAACGGUUUUACGACGAUUCGUCUAUCGGUUCGACCGAAAACCUCGUGGCCCGGACCGUACCUCUCUCUACGGUGUUCUGCAGCCGGCACCCUUACGGAAGUGGAGGCUUGGGUUCCGAGGAGUGCGUGACGGCCUACGAAACUGGCGCGAUGACCGCACCUUGUACGCCUUCGGCUUAUCACCACAGGUCGCGGUUCGACUUGCAACCCCGUCGGUAUGUCACUUCGGAACAUCACAGAUCAUCUGAUCAACCGCGCAUCAAACAGCAGCCUCGGGGUGACCUGACCAGCCAACAGCGAAUCGAACGCAUGUCCAGGAUCAUGAAGCAGAACAACCACAGGGCCGAACCCUCAAGGUUUCGGCACGUCAUGACGUUUGAAGUGGGACUAUAAUAUAAUAUGCAC